UCUACACUACAAGGGAUAAAGUGACUCACUGAGUGACUUCAUGUGGUUCUCAAUAAUCCUGACAUUCUCUAUAUAUACUUCUCUCGAACCCACCCAUUUCAGACAGACAAAAACAAACCAGAAAAAAACCUUGGAUAAUCAUGGAUGCCAAUUGCUUUCUCAGUUCCUCAAAUCCACUCACCAAAACUGCUGCACUAGAAUUCCCCUGUUCAAGAAGAUGCUCCAAUGGAUCACCCUUUCAACCCAAAAGAGUUCGCCUUUCCUCCUCCAUUACAUGUUGCCAAUCGGCUGGAUCGUCCGACGAUCUGCAGCAGCACAGCCAGUCCUUCCUUCAGGCGGAUUGGAGAUGGUUCAGGGCAAAAUUGGUUGCUAACGAGCAAGCAUUUAUGACCGCGAGCACCGGGAAAAGCUUGCUGGCGGCAGAUCCAGACGAGACCCCUAGAGCAAAACAGCCGCUGGAGCUGGUGACGGUGGGAGACAGAUGGGCCCACGCCAUCCACGAGCCGGAAAAAGGGUGCCUGCUCAUCGCAACGGAGAAGCUGGACGGGGUCCACAUCUUCGAACGGACGGUGGUCCUUCUCCUGUCAACGGGCCCGGCCGGCCCAUUGGGCAUCAUCCUCAACCGCCCGUCCCUCAUGUCCAUCAAGGAGAUGCGAAACGCCGCAACGACGUCGUCCUCUCUGUCUGUGAUGCCUCCGGAAGCGUUCUCGGGCCGGCCGUUGUUCUUUGGGGGCCCAUUAGAGGAAGGCCUGUUUCUGGUGAGGCCCAGAGGAGGGUACGACAAGGACAGGCUGGCGAGGAGUGGGGUAUUCGAGGAGGUGAUGAAAGGGUUGUACUACGGGACAAAGGAGACGGCCGGGUGCGCGGCGGAGAUGGUGAAGAGGAAUAUGGUCGGCGUCGGAGAUUUCAGAUUCUUCGACGGGUAUUGCGGUUGGGAGACGGAGCAGUUGAGGGAUGAGAUUAAUGCUGGGUAUUGGACUUUGGCGGCCUGUAGCGCGAGUGUUAUUGGGCUGGAUAAGGAGGCUCGUUUUGGGCUUUGGGAGGAUGUAUCCUGGCUUGUCGGCCCAAAAGCGGUGUCCUGACCAGAGAGAUUACUGUACUGGAAUUUGUAUAUGAGUUCUUUCUUUUUUACCCCCUUCCCUUCUUUAGUUAACUAGCUUUUUUUGAUUGUUUGUGUGAGUGUUGUUAUGUGAGGAUUGAAUUAUAUAUUUCCUAUAUCGUUUUGUAUAUUCUAAGUUGUCAGUUUUUGUGCGCUAUUUUCUUUACUAAUUAAUCUUUUUGUCGUAAGACAUUAUGUAUCAUUUCUUGUAUGUGAUUAGCUUGUGUUUCUUUCAAGAUUUGUUUCAUGCUUUUGUAGAUGUUUUGCCUUUGUUGUAUAGGUUUUAUUGAUAUGAAAUAUUGAGAUGAGAUAUGUGGGC